UAAAUUGAACUUGGUCCUGGUCUAGAAAAGAGGCAAGGUGACUUUCAAAGGAGCAAAACUGCAGGCAGGCUAUGUUCAGUUUGGAAGGAGGGGAGAGGGAUGUUCACCCUAAUGAUGUAAACUGUCACAAUUUCAUCUAAGUAUCUUUCCAUUACCUGGAGAGUGGCACAUCCAGUGGCACCUGGAAGGUACCCUGUGGGCUUCAGGAGUGAACAUGGCAGAAUGGAGGGUCUUUGGUAACCCAGAAGCAAGCAGCUGACAGAACAACCUCUGUCCCCGGGUUAUACAGAAGGUAUUGGCAGCCACAGGAAGAAGCCUCCCUCCCGAGAUUUGCUUCACCAUCCCAGUUUGACCAGCAGUCAUCAACACCAGCAAGGGUCUGACCUCCUGUACACUGAAAAAUGUCCCACCACAGCUGAGGGCCCUGUCACCUCUGCCAGUGUCCACACACAGUUUCUGGAAUAAGCCAUGAGAGCAGAAGAGAACAGAAACUACAGCUGGUAGUCAAGGGACCUUGGCACUGUUAGUUGUACACCAGAGGCAGAGUCAGCAGUUGGAUCUAGUAAGUGCAGGUGAGAUCAUGACCAUCGCAUACAUGUUCUGGAGGUUGAUGGAGCCACAGCCAACCGCUGGUAGAGGAGCAGGUAAAGCAAUAAGAGCUAAAAGCCAAUGGCUGGGCUGCAAGUGUAGGUACUGCCUGGGGCUGGGGUUGUGUCAGGGUGAGUGCUUCACCCCCUACUUCUCUUUACUUGCCAAGGGAGUUGAGAGUUUGAGAUGACUGGUAGUGCUGCAAGCAUCUUUUUAUCACAUCAUCAGUACCUUGAUGUACUAAAAGCUUCUUGCACCCAGCUUGCUGUGGCCACAGAGAAAGUGGCCAGUCUCCUCUCACUGACUGCUUCAGCUUGGUCUUUUUUAAACAAAUAAUUUAUUAGAGAAAAAAAACAGUGACCUUACUGGGAGAGUUUCAAAAUACAGGAAACUAUUGUAAAAGAAAAGGGGAAGAUAGUACUUUUCAGUUCCCUCUCUGUCCAGGUCUCUUGUGCCUGUGAGGACUGUUUAUUGGUAAGGGCUGUGUUAAGCCUGUCCAACAAAAAUAACUGGAAGUCCUCUUUUUGUUUCUUCCCCAAAAGAUCCAAAGCACCAGGAUCUCUUCCAUCCCCCUCCCCCCCCCAGCUUUUUUGCCUUCUACAGCUGCCCCUGCCUUCAUGAAAAUGGUCAACAAAUCACUGCAGGGCUAUGAGGAGGGUGUGGAGAGUUAGUAAUGUGUGGUCAUCCAUAAACACAUACACGCAGAAAUAUUUCAUUAUAUGCCUCCUGUUAAUAGCCUAAAUAGAUGUAGCUGUGAUGGUGCUGGAGGACUACAGAUCCUUCAGCCUGCCUGAAUAAGGUGUACAGAUUGUUACAAUUUGAAGCAAAUCAAGGGUAUUAUUUAACAGGGAAAAGCCAUCAUGCAACACCAGAAUCAUAAUUUCCACAAGUGUUCAGCAGGAUAAGACCUGACCUGCAAAACUGAGCAAAGAGUGAGACUCAUGAAUAGUUUACAACAUAUUUUCUCUGUAAACCUAUCUAAAUCUGAGUCACAAGACCUUAUUUUAAAACAUGGCUGUUCCUAUGCUCUUGCAUGUUUAUACAGUUUGGUUUAGGUUUGAAAAAGCCUCAACCAGCUUGUAGAACAGUUGGUGAGACAAUAUAAAUCCCAGCCCAGGCCAUCCUACUGCCCCAAGAAGCGAUCAGUCCUGGAAUGUUAACAGAAGUGCUAAUCCUAUAGCCAUUCUCCAGGAGCACUGGAAGCUCCUCCAGUGAUUUCAGGCAAUCAGAUAAUGUCAGAUAGAGCUGUACUUUAUGAAGCAAUUUCGCUUCCUGUUAGUUUGACAGUUUCAAGUGCUUCAACACCGAGAGGACAUCCUCUGAGGAACUGCUUGCCAGUAUUAUCUCAACCUGAUUUCUUUUAGAAAUUUAAAAACAAUACUGAAAGCAUUGAAGAAUUAUGAAAAUCACAUUUUUCUUUGCUGCAUUGUUCUUACUGGAUCUCUUUGCUUGCUGUCAUGCUUAUCUACAAUAUCCCUUGCCUGACAUAGAAGAUGCAAAGUUCAUUGAAGACUGUGUGAGAGCUCACAACACGUUUCGAUCCAAAGUGAAUCCACCAGCCAGCAACAUGUUUCGCAUGUCCUGGGACACUGCUUUAGCUAAGACUGCCAAAGCAUGGGCAAAGAAGUGCAAGUUUAAGCACAACAUUUACCUUAAAAUGCCUGGGAGGGUGCACCCCAGGUUUACCCCUGUUGGAGAAAACAUCUGGACUGGCACAGCUACCAUCUUCUCUGUGGAUGCAGCUCUCAGUGACUGGUUUAACGAAGUCAGCAGCUAUGAUUUUGACAGCAACAAGUGCGCUGGCAUGUGUGGUCACUACACCCAGGUUGUUUGGGCAGACAGUUACAAAGUUGGCUGUGCAGUUCACUUCUGCAAUACAGUUGAAAAUUUUCCAGGACUUUUCAGAGCAGCACAUUUUGUUUGUGACUAUGGGCCAGCGGGGAAUUACCCAAGAAAACCAUAUAAAGUAGGGCAACCAUGCAGUGGAUGCAGCAGCGAUAAGUGUGUAGACAAGCUCUGUGCAAAUGCAGAACGUGAGAAGCUGAUAAAUUAUGCCUACUGGCAUCCGGAGUGGGAUACACAGCCCCAGCCGCCACGGCCCCGGCCCCCCAGGCCUCCAGCACCACCCCACAUCCCACCUGCUGAGCAGCCGCAUCCCUCUUGUGACCAAUACUGUCUUUGUGUUUCAAUUUUAAGACCACUGGUUUUGGUACUGAGUACUGGUGCUGUUCUUUUAGUACAAAAGUGGUUUCCACAUACUUUUUUAAUGAGUAAUGAUCAAUUAAGGUACUAAUAAUGAUCUUAUUGCUCUGUAUUACUCUCAGAGAAUUGCACAAAUAUAAGAAAACACUUGGUUAUCUCUCCAUUAUCCUACUGAUGUUUAUCCACCACAGGAAAGGCUUCUUCUCCACUCAAGGCAGAGUUAGCAUAAUUU